AUGAUUGAGGCACUGGCAGAGAACAGCUGCCUGGAGGAGCUUAACCUUGCUGAUAAUUCUGUUCCAAACGAACUUCCUGCUCUACAAUAUGACUUAUCAGUAAAAGGCUGCUCACAAAACCAGGAGCAGAAACUUGAUACUGUGAAAGUGGAUGAUAAUCAAGAGGUCCUUUGCUCUCUGAACACUUCCGACCAUCAGCUGGAAGUUGCUGAUAGUGAAGAUAUUCCAGUUAGAGUAGAAGCUGCUGCUUCUGGAAUUGACGACAGCUGUGCCAGUUCAUGUCAAAGAAAUUCUUCAUCUCCCGAGUGCCAUUUCACUCAACAGUUUUCAAUUGCUAUUGGUAAGGCAAAGAACUUGCAAUUAUUGGACCUCAGCAAUAACAAUUUUUCUGCACAAGCUGCAGAAACAUUCUAUGGUUCAUGGACAAUCUUACGACCCCUUUCAAGUCACAAGCACAUUACUGAGCAGAUUAUUCACUUCUCAACGAAGGAAAAUAAGUGCUGCAGAGUGAAACCUUGCUGCAAGAAAGUUUAA